GUUCACGCCCACCCCGGCUCUCACUCUCUUCUUCCUCUUCGGCUUAUUGGCGAGCGCACCGUCGUCUCCUAAAGGUCUCACGACAUGACAACAGCUGGAGAGGCUGCCGCGUUGUUCGGUGUGGAAGACCCGGCCGGUGACCCCUUCUCGCUGGGUCCUCUGAGUGCCGAGACAGAGCAGGCAGCCGGCCAGGAGCCCUUUGGUGGACAAGAUGUUCAGUCCGCAACAGAACUCUUUGGCACUUCGACAGGCGACGACUUGGCGUUCCAGUCGCAGUCCGAGACCCAGCCGCAGGCUUCCUACGAUUACGCGGGCACGGAGAACACUUGGAGCGCGCACGAAGCGCAAUAUACAUCUGGUUAUUCCGAGCCCGCACAGCACGCUGCAGCGCAGGAUAAUACGUAUUCGCAACAGAGCACGGCACAGGGCUACACCGCUCAGCAGGGACAGUGGGCAGGAUACGAACCACAGCAGUAUAAUCCUCCAGUGAAUGGCUCGUACACUGGUUACUCGCAGAGUCCCUCGUAUCAGCACACGUCCUAUACUACUACGAACGCUUACGCUUCUGCUGCUCCGGCUACUACGGCAUCCUACGCAUCCUACGCACCUUCCCAUGAUAACCGUGCCUAUAAUCCGGCGGCCGCAAGCGCGCCAUCACCCACUGCUUAUAACUCGUACAAGCCAACAACCACGACUAGUGCAACGGUUCAGUCCGCGUAUGAUCCCUACAGGCCAUCGCAGCCAUCGCAGCCUGCCAUUCAGCAAAGCCCUUACGGCAUACCAUUAGCACCGGACCAGGCGUCAUACACGUAUGCUCCACCACCAGCGGCAACUACGAGUUCGCUUGUGCCUUCUGUAGACCCCCCAAAGCCUGCACGGUCAGUAGCAGCAGCAGAAGCCUACAGACCGAAGACAUCGAAUGCGUAUGAUCCUCCUCUUCCACCACCUAAGCCUGCUACGCGACGCACUCCUGCACCUGCAUGGGGUGGAUCCCCUGCUAAGCCCACCUAUCACUCGUGCACCGCCCACGAUGUUACCUCCGCCGCCGCGAGCGCCUUCCUUACCGCCACCUCCGCCCCGAAGCGGAUCGACAGUCAAGCCGCUCCCUCUACAUUCGCGCCGCCGCGGAGCUCUUCCGGCAAGAUAGUUUCGCCUCCUCCUUCGAGGGCUUUACCAGUUACGCAGCAUGCACCGUCUUCACAGUCAGCUGAUCAUACAUUCCAACCCAAUGGUUAUGCAACACAUUAUCUAGACUCGCACAAUGGAACACAGGCUUCGCACUUCCAACACCUCCCGCCGCUACCUCCUAGCGCGACAGUGCCUUCACAUGAACCGAGUGUCCAGCCUUUCCCAGAACAAGCUCACUCUUUUCGGCAGCCAGGACACGCAGAGCUGAGUAAUGUAGCGGAGGCUAUCCCUGACCAUCAGGCGUCGCAAGAUCAUGAUGAUCCUGAAGGCGGGGCAGAUAACGGUGAAGACUUCUGGAAUGAAGAACAGCCGCCGCAGCCUGCGGCGCCCACCCUCUCGUCUCUAUCUUUGGAAGCGUCGCAGCCUACACACGAGGAAUACGUCGAAGAAACUUAUCCCAAAGACUACGAUAAUGAGAGGCAGCCACCUGCAGGCAUGGACGCGGACGCAAGCGUACACGCGCCUUCAACCUCGACCACUGAGACGUCGUGGAACGACGAGUUUGACGCUUCGCAACAUGCUUCGGCAGUCUCGAGCCCUCUAAGGAUGAAGUACCCGGCCGCGCCUCAACAGCCCAAGCCUGCUCCGGAGCCCUACGACCCGUACAAUCCGAGUCGAGCUAGCAUGCAACAGCCAGGGUCUCAUGCCCAAACACUGGCGGGCCGGACGAAGUCACCUGGGAACGCGUCCAUCCGCUCAUGGUCGAGUUCCCAGAGGUACGGCCUUGAUCAGGAUCGUGACUCCACCGCGGCCAGCCCGUAUGCACCACCGCCUGCUGCGCGACAACCCGCUAAAGACGUUCAUAAUACGUCUCCGUACGAUCCCUACAACCCUGCUGUUAACAAUGUCCAGAGGUCAACCUCGCCAUCAACGUUCUCCGUGCGAUCUGUGGGCUCGCAAAGUCAAGAUCACUCGACCCGCGAUCCGUACACGCCGGGGACAUCAUCUAUCCGUAGUCGGUCAAGUACGAAUGGUUCGACCUUCUCGUAUGGCGUCAGCGGUUCUGAGGACCUAUAUGCUCCGACGCGUCAUCGUCAGGCAUCUGUGGAGAGCUUGUCGUAUGGUAGCUUCUCCGCUUUACAAAACUUCGGCGAUAGUGUGUCGAGCGUGACUUCCACGGGGCCUUCGCAAGUCGUCAACCUAGCAGCCCCGGUACAUACGCCGUACGCACCGUCGCCAUCGUUACUCGGUACGAAUGAUCCACUUGGCCGUACGUCUGUGCGGGUGCCGGUCAUCAGCUUCGGAUUUGGCGGCAAGCUAGUGACAUGUUUCCACGGCUCCUCGGCACUGAACACUGGCUUCGACGUUGCGAUGUCUUCAAGAGCGUUGUCCAUACUCCACAUUCGGCCAUUGCAUUCUGCCAUUUCUCAAUCCGCACUUGAUACCUCGUCUGCGACCUAUCCAGGUCCUCUGUUUUCUGAUCCCGGCGAGCCGAGCACUACCCUUGUUCGCACUGGUGCGUCAAAUCAAACGAAAAACAAGAAGGCGCGGGUCAUCAAAUACCUCGAAGAGCGUGCUGAGGAGAUCUCGCAGGGCAUUGGUUACUUCCAUCAGGGUAGUGUGGAAUAUUUCCGUGCAGAGGCCAAGCUGGCCUUGAUCAGGCUUCUCAAAAUCAUGGUUGAGAAUGACGGGAAACUUUGUGGCAGUCCACAAAUCGAUUCUGCUGUUCGCGCUGCAUUGCUUCCUCAUCUCGGUUUGGCAACUGACGCCGCCACUGAAGCUCUGCAUGUCCCAGCGCUUGCUUCGUCAUAUUCAGGGCAUGGCUCAGCAUUGUCGCCCGAUGACGCUACCAUUUCGAUGCAUACGCUUCGCUCAUCGCAAUUGAACAAGAUUCAGCAGUGCCUAUUGCGCGGAGAUCGUCGUGCCGCCUAUCAAUACGCCGCUGAUGAGAAACUUUGGGCUCAUGCUAUGGUUAUCGCGAGCAGCAUUGACAAGGAAGCUUGGAAGGAAGUUGUGACAGAGUUCUUGCGUUCUGAGCUGGCUUCAAAGGAGGCGUCAGUCGGAUUGCUUCACAAAACGGACUCAAAGACUACCCAAAGCAGCGGGAGGGAGCCACUGAAGGUUGCGUAUAGUUUAUUUGCCGGUCAAGGUUCCGCUUCUGUUCAGGAACUGCUUCCUCCGAAGCCUUUGGGUUCAAUGCCAUCUCUUCAGGCCCUUGCUCCUUUAGCAUCGACAUCGACGCCCAUCUCUGCCAGCUUCUUGCCUCUUAUGCCACCCAUGGUCUUGCCAAAGGAUGUGCUUGCGAAGUGGACAGAGACUACCGCGAUGAUCUUGAGCAGCACUAUGACAACUGACACCUACUCUACUCUGACAGCGCUCGGUGAUCAGCUGGCCGCGAAUAAUUGGAUUGAAGCGGCCCAUGUAUGCUACCUUCUAUCACCCCAGACAUCACUGAUGGGAGGGGUUGGGUCGCCAUCUGGACGUAUUGUGUUGUUUGGUUCCGCCAACCCACAGGCGCAACCUAACUUCUGGAAAGACUCUGAUCCGAUUAUCUUCUCGGAGAUCGUCGAGUUUGCGCUGUCAUUGGCGACCCCUGCCAAGGGCCAAGAGGCAUUCCCUGGAUUGCCCCAUUUGCAACCCUACAGACUCAUCCGAGCGGCAUGGCUCGCUGAGCUCGGGCACGUCGAUCAGGCCAACAGGUACUGUGAAGCGAUCUCAAGCUCACUGACACGGUCCUCGCCAUAUCUGAAUGCCACUUUCGGAGAGCAGCUGAAAGGCCUGGUAGACAGACUUACUGCUGCGCCUGUGCUUGACAAGUCAGGAUCUUGGGCGAAGGUGACCAGGCCAAGUUUGGACAAGAUCGGCAACUGGCUGGAACGCGGGUUUACCACGUUCAUCGCGGGUGACGCUGACUCGCCAAAGCCGGUGGAUCAGCAAGGGAAAGAAUUGACAUUCAGCGGACCUUUCACGCACUACAGCACGAUCUCAUCGGUUGCGAGCUCUACAGCACCAUCCCCGCAGAUGUCGACGACAAGUCUGGUGGAGAUGUCUAGUUCUGCGUCUUUCCGGACGGGAUCCGCGAUGGGCUUGCGCCCCGCCGCUGGUCCCCAGAUCGCCAGAGCUUCCUCCGCUGUCGAUUAUCUGCGCCGUAAGCCUUCGCCAGUUCCGCGCGUAUCUUCAGCAAGCGCGAUGACAUCCUCUUUCGGCGACCUUCCUCCCAGGAACCAGAAUCAGUCUCCGUACGGAUAUGGCUAUGCUGAGGUUACACCUAGGGCGGACCGGAGCGGCUUGUCGAACGAGGUGGGAGCUGACGAUCAAGUAGACACUCCCUCCGGCUCGUCAUUGGGAACUUGGUGGGGCGAUUCCGGUGCACCUACGCCCACCGCUUCGUCCUUCUCCCACCCUGAACCGCCUACGGAGGCCUCAGCGGAAGGCUUUAUUUCUCUCAUGGACAGCGUGCCGAGUCCAUUUGCGGCGACAACAAGUCAGCGCAAUGGCAUGCAGGCGACACCGCGGCUUGAUGAUGUCGACGAGGAAGAUGACCUUGGCCUAAGUAACAGCUCGAAUAGGUCCAGGGCUAGGGCCGAGUCUCCUGUUACAGAGACUGACGCACGGCCUGUUGUGCAAGCGCAGAAAUCCGAGCUUGCCAAAGAGGCUGAGAAGCCUGCCACUCCCACUAAUGGAUGGUUCUCGAUUAGCAAACUUUGGAAGCGUAACGAAGGGUCAGGUGGUCCGGUGAAGGCCAACCUGGGGGAUAAUAACAGCUUCUACUACGACAAGGACUUGAAGCGCUGGGUGAACAAAAACGCUGGGCCCGAAUCUUCUGCUCCGACACCUCCGCCAGCACCUCCACGAGCACAGACUGCUUCGCCGGCAUCUUCCGCAUUUAGAUCGCAUCCGGCACCUCCGGCACCUGGCACACCACCUGUGCGUCCUGCAACAGCUGUCGACCUCACGGAUGGACCUCCGAAGAAGCCGCCGAUGCGUGUUCACUCGAACCUUGUACCUACAGGGGCGAGUUCAGCCCCGAACACCCCAGCGAGCGCAGUUUCACCGCGCUCUGCGUCCUCUAUGGACCCUCCUAACCUCGACGGUCCGUCGAUCGGUGGUGCGAGGGCCCGCCCGGGGGCGAAGCGCAACGCUCGCAGUCGCUACGUUGAUGUAUUCCAGGAGAAUGCAAGUUAACUGACUCCCUCCUAGACACGUACACGCUCUGUAAUCUUAUAUGGCCUUCUAGUUUUUUCUCUUCCUGCUCAUGCGUCCAUGUCUCGUACCAGUCCUGUUCAGCUAUGUGAUCCACCACAUGGAUAGUCCCUGCCCCAGAUGAAUGGAUUUGAUGAUCGUGCCUUGACUUAUC